UAAAAAGAUGGCGUCGGUGAGGCACGGAGGAGUCCGAGCUGAGCGCCUUAACGUCCGUAAACACCUCCGUUACGGACACCGCGAGGACUGAUUGACCGGUGGGACCUUACGUUUAUCAUUACGGGAACUAUUCUCUGGGUGUUGGAGCGUCUGUCCGGCUUUACCGCUGGUUGUUUUCAGUCAGAGAAUCGCCGCUGCCUCGGGGAAGCUCAUUAGCUUCAAGUUGGCUCCGCUAGCCAGUGCUACCCGUGUAGCUUGAUCGUUCAUGAACCCACAGCCAGCACAGUUAACAUCGUCUUCUUUCGCACUGUUAAUAAUUUAUUUUCCACCUACGAUCACGACCAAACAUGCGGAAACUGGGUUAAAAACACUUGUAGCGGUGGAGUAAUUAAAAGGGGCCAGUCUGGCAUUGCGACAUUUUUUGGCCAGUCGAGCCGGAGCCACUUGGCCAUCAUGUAUUUCCUAACCGGCUGGCCACGGAGGCUGCUUUGUCCCCUGCGGAAUGCGGAGGAGCCCUUCCACAUCCAGCCCAGCUCCCAGAGGUUCUACUUCGCCCUACUUUCCGAGACGCAGCUCAGCAUCUGGUUCAGUCGGCCCAGUGUUUUGAUUGUGAGCUACAUUGAGUCUGCCAAGGCAGUGGCACAGUUUGGCUUCUACCAGAAGGCGGAAUGGAAACCCGAUGACUCCAUGAUCGCCGUGGCGACUGCCAAAGGCUACAUCCUCCUGUUCUCUGUGCUGGGCAGCGGAGAUGACAAGUACCUCUACGAACCAGUCUACCCAAAGGGGAGCCCUCGUGUGAAGGUAACCCCGGGUUAUAAGGAGGAGCAGUGUGCCCCCGCUUUGUCACUCGAGAUAAAGAAGCCUGUUGAUCUGGAGGCCCCCAUCACCAGUCUACAGUCCCUCCAAGAGGAGCUGCUGGUGUGCACUGCAGACGGCUACCUUCACGUGCUGCACUGGGACGGGCUUGGCGGCAAUGGACGCAAGGCCAUCUGCCUCACCACCAUACCCUUCUCUCUAGACCUCCAGUCUGCUCGAGGUGGACCAUCUUUGGACCUGGAAGGUGUUCAUAUCCGCUGCAUGGAGUACUGUGAGACACUGGAUGGCUUUGCUGCGGUACUGAGUGAUGGACGUCUGGGCUUCAUCACACCCCUAAGCAGCACCAUCACUGCGGAUGUAAGAAUGCUGCAGCUGCAGGGCGUGUGGGCCGCAGAUGUGAGCGAUGGCACCUGCGUGGCUGUCAACAACAAGUAUAGAGUGAUGGCGUUUGGAUGCGCCAGCGGCUCUGUGCUGGUCUACAUGAUUGACACCGCAACCGGAUCUAUGCAGCUCUCGCACAAGCUGGAGCUCACCCCAAAACACUACCCAGACAUCUACAACAAGACAGGUCCAGUCAAGCUCAUCUGCUGGUCUCCUGACUACAGUGUCGCCAUGGUUACGUGGGAGUGUGGCGGCCUGUCACUGUGGAGCGUCUUCGGAGCUCAGCUCAUCUGCACUCUCGGAGAAGACUUUGCGUAUCGCUCUGAUGGCACCAAAAAGGAUCCCCUUAAAAUCAGCUCUAUGAGUUGGGGUGCAGAGGGCUACCACUUGUGGGUGCUGCCUACCAAACGCAUAAAGAGGAAGCAGCAGCAGCAGCAGCAAGAGGAGGAGACUGUGUCACCUCCCCAAUUCUCCCUGCAGGCUGGCAUCCUGCAAUUUCAUUUCAUCAAGAGCGCCCUCACCGUCAAUCCCUGCACGAGUAACCAGGAGCAGGUGUUGCUGCAUGGCGAGGACCGCCUUUACCUGACCUGUGGCGACCCGGCACAGGCGCACAGCAGCUCUGAGACCCAGCAGCAACAGCACGCACGCUUGCACCCACACGACGGUAGCCCACCGCACCACCACCAGCACCCCCACCACCACCCCAACUCCCCCCUCUCCCAGGGACUCAGCACUUUACUAGGACACAAGCACUGGCAUGUGGUCCAGAUUCAUAGCACAUAUCUAGAGAGCAACUGGCCUAUACGGUUUGCAGCCAUCGACACAACUGGGCAAUGCAUGGCUGUAGCAGGACGACGAGGCUUUGCACACUACUCCUUGUUCACAAGGAAGUGGAAACUCUUUGGAAACAUCACUCAGGAGCAGAACAUGACCGUGACAGGCGGUCUGGCCUGGUGGAACGACUUCGUUGUGGUGGCCUGUUAUAAUUUCAUAGACCAGCAAGAGCAGCUGAGGCUGUAUCAGCGCUCAUCCAACCUGGACAACGCCUUCGCCUCAGUCACCAAACUGCACUCCGACACGUUACUGCUUAACGUUUUCCGAGACAUGGUCAUCUUGUUCAGAGCUGACUGCUCCAUCUGCCUCUAUAGCAUAGAGAGGAGGAGUGAUGGUCCAAAACCGACUGUCAGUGUAGAGAUGCUGCAGGAAGUCUCCAUGUCCCGCUACAUCCCUCACCCUGGCUUGGUGGUCUCUGUCACCCUCACAUCAGUACGCACAGAGACUGGGAUCACGUUGAAAGCCCCGCAGCAGGCCUGCAUGGCAGAGAGCAUCAUGUUGAAUCUGGCUGGUCAGUUAAUAAUGCUACAGAGGGACCGUUCAGGGCCACAGGUACGCGAAAAGGAGACGGCUGCCAACAACAAGAAGCUGCUACCAUUCUGCCCCCCAGUAGUCCUCGCUCAAUGCGUGGAAAACGUCUGGACCACCUGCCGCUCGGACAGGAAGAAGCGCCACCUACUGGAGGCCCUGUGGCUCUCCUGUGGCGAAGCGGGCAUGAAGGUGUGGAUGCCGCUCUUCCCCCGCGAUCACCGCAAGCCCCACUCCUUCCUAUCCCGACGCAUCAUGCUGCCCUUCCACAUCAACAUCUACCCGCUGGCGGUGCUUUUCGAGGAUGCCUUGGUGCUUGGCGCCACCAAUGAGACAGUGCUGUAUGAUGGGAUGCAGGGCUCCUCUGAGCCACUGGAGGCGCUGUUUCCUUUCUGCACUGUGGAGAGGACCUCGCAGAUCUACCUGCAUCACAUCUUGAGGCAGCUGCUGGUUCGCAACCUGGGGGAACAGGCUUUGAUGCUGGCACAGUCGUGCGCCUCCCUCCCUUACUUCCCUCACGUCAUGGAACUCAUGGUCCACGUGGUCCUGGAGGAAGAGGCUACCUCUCGGGAGCCCAUCCCCGAUCCUCUGCUGCCCACUGUAGCCAAGUUCAUCACUGAGUUCCCACUCUUUCUCCAGACCAUCGUGCACUGCGCCCGCAAGACGGAGUACGCCCUGUGGAACUACCUGUUUGCCGCCGUGGGGAACCCCAAGGAUCUGUUCGAGGAGUGCCUCAUGGCUCAAGAUCUGGACACUGCGGCCUCCUACUUGAUCAUCCUGCAGAACAUGGAGGUUCCGGCUGUGAGCAGACAGCACGCCACGCUGCUCUUCAACACGGCGCUUGAGCAGGGCAAGUGGGACCUCUGUCGUCACAUGAUCCGCUUCCUGAAGGCCAUUGGCUCAGGGGAGAUGGAGACUCCGCCCCCAACACCCACCACACAGGAGCCCAGCUCAACCAGCGGAUUUGAGUUCUUCCGGAAUCGCAGCAUCAGUUUGUCGCAGUCAGCAGAUUCCGUCACCGUGGGCAAGUUCAACCUGCAGAAGACCUUCAGCAUGCCCACUGGACCUUCGAGUAAAGGGCGUGACGGCGAGUGUGCAGAGAACAUGUACAUCGAUAUGAUGCUCUGGCGCCACGCACGCCACCUCCUGGAGCAGGUCCGUCUCCGAGACCUGGGAUGCUUCUCUGCACAGCUGGGAUUUGAGCUUAUUGGUUGGUUGUGCCGUGAGAGGAACCGUGUUGCCCGCGUCGACGAUUACGUCCUGGCCCUGAAGAGACUCCACAAGGACUUCCUGUGGCCAUUCCCGGUCAUUCCCGUGGGGAACCUCAGCUCGCCGCUCAAGAAUGGACGCUGCCGUCCUGUGCUGAGUACACGGCUCCUCAAAUCCCAGUCAGCUGACAGCCUGCUGAACAUGGACACGGCGCCGCCGCCGGUGGUGCCCAGCAACCGCACCUGGAUGGACGGCCUCAGCCAGAGGAGCAAAGACAUGGAUGCCGCCUCAUCCGCUAAUUCCACCCAACACUCCCCGCAGACGUACGACGCCUUCCUGUCGCUUCUCACCAACAAAGUGGAGGAGUACAGCAUUGGCUCAGCCACAGACUUAACAGAGAGCAGCUCGGUGGUGGACGGCGACUGGACGAUGGUGGAUGAGAACACAUCCACGCUGAGUCUGAGCCAGGCCGAGCUGGAGCACAUCUCCAUGGAGCUGGCCAACAAAGGGCCGCACAAGUCGCAGGUGCAGCUCAGGUACCUGCUGCACGUCUUCAUGGAGGCCGGCUGCCUGGAGUGGUGCGUUGUCAUCGGUUUGAUCCUACGAGAUGCAAACGUCAUCAAGCAGGUCAUUGGUCUCCUCGACAGCCCUGAAGUUCCUGCAGAAACUGCGCAGAGCAUACGAAGUGGCCUAUUGGCUAUCGACACGUGGGCCUCCACUGACUGCCUGGGCUACAAACCCUUCAUGAGCCUGAUCCAGCCGCAUCUACAGCAGCUGAUGAUGGCGGCCUCCAUGGCGUCCGAGCAGGUGCAGCCUGAAGCCUUCCAGCCUUCUGCCUGCCAGAGCUCUAAGCUCGGCGCCGUGGAGGGAGGCCCGGGGGGCGUAGCUUUGGCUCGACCCGAGGACGGGAGGUGCGUCGCCGCUCCGCUGGGACUGCUGGCGCUCCCUUCUCUAGAGCCCGCCGGUGGGUUUUCGAGGACAGCUCCCACCGAGGACUACCGAGCCCCCAAUGAGACAGAGGAACGGGGCGAGGAGGAAGGGACCUAUGACUGCACCUUGUCUUGAAACACCCUGACACCUGAAGGCCUUGACAGGAUCCUCACCUGUGAACCUGAAAAUACACUUUGUGUGUGUAUGUGUGUGUGCGCACGCGUGUUCUUGUCCACCUUGGUCGGGACUUUUUUGGACUUGACAUUUUGGCUUGACCUCAUAAGGAAAAUGCUGUGCGUGUGUGUUGUUCUUGUGAAACCCAUUUUUAAGUUCCACCGCGAUUUGUUUGUGGACAUUUGGACUGGCGCACACAAGGAAAAUGCUACAAUGAGUUUUGUGUGCGCACGUGCGUGCAUGCGCGUGCGUGUGUGUUAUUGUCUUUGUGAGGCAACUUUUCAUAUCCCACCUUUAGUGAGGCCUUUUUUCUUUGUGUAGACAUUUUUUUGCAUGGACAUUUUGACUGUUCCACACAAGAAAAUGGUACGACUGUGUGUGCGCGUGUGCACGUGCGUAUGUCGAUUCUUGUAUUUGGUGACGUCCUACCUUUUUGCAGCCAGUUCUUUUUUGUGGGGACAAUUUAGGUUGUCCGCUCAAAGGAAAAUGCUACAAGUUUGUGUGUGCUUGUCUUAUGUCCCAACUUUGUGAGGUAAUUUUUUUUGGGGGGGUUGGCCGUGGGGACAAUUUUUGUAGUGGACAUUUUGGCUUGUCCACGCAACGAAAAUGCUUUUUGUGUGUGUGUGUGUGUGUGUGUGUGUGUGUGUGUGUGUGUUUUGUAUUUUGUUUUUAUGAGGUCGUUAUUUUUUUGUUUGUUUGUGGGGACAAUUUUUGUGAAGAUGUUUUGGCUUGUCCAGAUAUGAAAAAUUCAGUGUGCGCGCGUGCGCAGGUUCUUACUCCACUCAGUAUUACAUCAACUCUGCUGUCCGGAGGAGGAGGAAUUUCAGUCUUGAUGGCCCAUCUAUUUUUUUUGAGGACAACAAAAAAAAGUGCCAUUAUAAAUGAAAAGAAACGUUUAACCCCCCACCCCCCUUUAUAUUUUUUGGACAAGAAAAAAAAAAAACUUGCGACUCGUGCGGUGAGGAGGCGUUUGCUACUUUCAUACCUCAUUUUUCAAUAAUGCAAUAGGACUAUUUUUCUACACAAGCAAAUCAUGUUAUGAAUUCUCAAAAAAGAGAGAUUUCUACAACUUCAUUUCCCACAAUGCAUUGCUGGACUGCUUUUUUUUUUUUUUUUUUACAACAUUGUAUUGAGCAUGCAAUGACUUUUUAUUGUACUGGUCAACAUUAUUAUUAUUAUUAUUAUUAGGGUUAUUUAUUGGAAUUAUAGCAUCAUUCUCAAUCCAUUAGCUUGUUUUUAUGACACUUUUAUUUGAAAAAAAGUUCAUCCAGGUGGUAUAAAAGCAUCAGUAUUAUCUCGUGCAAUGUAAUGAAAUGUUACUCAGCUUUAUUUUGUUUUUUUAUUUCAACUCGACCAAAAUGCAAAAUUGUGUGUGUGUGUGUGUGUGGGGUUCCAAAAGUAUGUCAUCCUAGGUGCUUGGAGGUGACCUAUGAUCCCUGUGACUGAGGCCUGCACAGUUUGACUUUUAAGGCAACAGCACAAUGUCAUGAUACAAGCAGAAAAGGUGUACUUACAGAGAAAUAAGAUGUGCCGUGGAGGACGGAGAUGUGAGCUUUACUUGAAAAUGGUAACUUGAUGAACCAAAGACUUUUUAAGUCCUGAGGCCUUCUGUUUUUAAUAAUAAUAAUAAUCUUAAAAAAACAAAACAACCUCCAUUGCUGUAAUUGACACUAACCGUAAACUCACCGUCCACAACAUUAGGUACAUCUCUAACACAAGAACUGUAUCAACAAUUCCACUAAAAUGAUUAAGGGGUGCAGGUGUACCUAAUGAUGUGACUUGAGGUACUCUGGUGUUCAUCCGAUAUGGGCGCCACCCCCUCCCACCGUUCCAAUGCAAAGUGUACAGUUAUAAAGCAUCCUCAUCAUUAUGCUGCAGAAACAAACAUGCUCUCAUGUACAUUUUUUCUACUCGAGUUUGUUUUUUUUUUUGCUUGUACAUACAGACCAAUAAAUUAUUUUUAAAAAAAAGCUUCACUCAGACUGAAGUGGUCGUGUUGUCAAAAUGAGGACACCCAGGGGAAUACAUUGUUGUUGU